CAAAGCGCUCUUCUCUCCAGCUCUUGCAUGCUUGAGCUCUGCUUAUGCUUGCCAAUAGAGCACAGCACUGUUGCUAUCGUGUCGUGUGCUGUGGGAUACAGUUGUUGCAUUCAUUCCUACAUGUCCUUGCAAGGCUGGUAGCAUUCAUUGUGGCUCUUGUGUUAUCUCCUGAUACCCAUAUAUAGUAUCCCAUUGCUACCGGUACCCUGCUCAGACAAGAGCAACCAUUAUCGAGAGGUCUACAAGGCUCACAAAUCCAGCCUUGGACCGUGGCUUGCACCAUCAUUCUCCCAGAAAAAAUAAUGUGCAGUCCGGUCUCUGACAUUCUGCAACUGGUGCUGGAUCCGCCCAGUCGAUCUCCCAGCCCCAGCCCUCCGUCUCGCAUGGCUGCUAUGCAUAUGGUGCUGCCCUCCAUACAUCCGCUGUCAGAACAAAAGAGGGUAACUUUUCGAAGCACACGAACGGAGGUACACAUCGAGUCCUUGGCACUGCUGCCGGACGACAAGAAAGAUGAACUAUGGCACAAGGAUACCGAUAUUGAGGCUUUCAAAGCACGCGAACGACUUCUCUGUGAGGAGAUUCGGCUGGGCUUGUCGAACGAACAAAACACACGAGGUCUCGAACUGAGACUUUGUCAGGAACGGCAAAAGCGCAAGUACAUGAUAAUACACGCCAUCCUCAGAGCGCAAAAGCGCUACAAGGACCCCAAACAACUCUCCAACAUUGCGCGAAAAUGCAGUGUCUGGUCUAAAGCCAUUGCCGCCAUUACAGCUCAAAGGGACUACUGUGAGCUGUACGAUCCUGCCCGAUUGGCAUCGAUUACCCCGAUUCCUCCCGUCGACAACUAUCCCCUUCCCUUCAAGGCCCGAGAGCCAGUGGCCAAGAUACCCGUCAAGCGGCCCAUCAGCCCCACAAUCCCGCAGCGCAAUGUCCGUCCAAGGCCAGCGCCCCUGGCAACGACCUGCUAGGACUACCGUACACAAUAACAACAACAACCACAACACAUUCAUUCAUCAGACCGUCAGUACGGCCGGCAGGGCAAAUGUUGCUUAGCAGCAACGAGAUUGACUUCAAUAUGCAGCAUCUAUUGCUCGCGUCUCCUGGUCACCGUGCGGAUUGGAACCAUUCGGUGGGAUACCGGUACGAGCCGCGUCUUUUUUUAAGCCGCUGGGAUGCAAUCAUAACACUACUUUCCACCCCCCUUGGAGUGACCGUCACUGCGCAAGGUAUCUUUAUUUAAAAAUACGAAAACUAAACGACUAAGAAUUAGUUGUCCAC